CCCCGUCCAUGAUCCGCUUUGCAUGCCUGUCCGGUCCCCUGGAACAAAACAUCAACUUUCGCGACAAGACUCCGACAUAGUCAGUCGAUAUAUACAUCGGCUAAACCCAACUGAACAACGAUAGACUGCAGACUUGUACCCUCGACCCAUACCUUUCGCGACCUCGCCCAAUUUCUCUCUUCCCAGAUCCAGCCAUGACUGAACUCUCAGGACGUCAUGUUGUUUAUUGCGGUGUGUGCUCCCUGCCGCCCGAGUACUGCGAAUACGGCGGAACCGUCAAGAAGUGCCAGCAAUGGCUCGAGAAGAACCAGCCGACCAUGUACUCGAGGAUAUGGUCUCCAGAGGUGCUCGAGGCCGAGAUGGCAUCGCUGUCAGUCGAGGCGCAGGAGCGGGCCAUGAAGGACGCCAAGAAGAAGGCGGCCAAGGCCGAGGCGGCCGAGCAGAAGCAGGCCGACAAGCGCGCCAACAGCGUGGUGACCAUCAAGCGCAUUGAGCGCAACAAGAGGAAAUACGUCACUUCGGUGAGCGGGUUGGAGGCGUUUGGCUUGGAGUUGAAGAAGGUUGCCAAGGACUUUGGCAAAAAGUUCGCUACCGGCUCUUCGGUAACCAAGGUACCCAGCGGCGGAGAGGAGAUUGUCGUCCAGGGCGAUGUCAGCGGCGAGAUUGAGGAGUUCAUUCUCGAAAAGUAUAAGGAGGUUCCCGAAGACAACAUAGAACUCGUGGAAGACAAGAAGAAGAAGAAGGGCGAAGGAAGCUAAAUGUUUCGACUUCGACUUCGGUAUUGAAAGAGACUGCAGAGGCGCCUAAACCAGGCGGGAGUUAAUGAUAAAGUUCUGUUGAUAUUAAGAGGGCUAUCAGGAUUGUACUGGCUAUUUCGCUUUGGACCGAGGAAGAGAAGCUUUCUUUAAACGCUUGUGGGUGUGGGAAGAGGCGUUUCUAGCCCUGACGAGUAGCGAAAGACAAAAGCGCCAAAUGAUAAAAGGACUUGAAUUUGCAAUGUCCCACUGUCCCUCAAUGUACCCUUCCAGACCUAAUACAUAAUGCCGAACUCUGCGCAGCUGACACCUAGCGGCGGUCCUGAUAUCUAUACAAACCAACGCCAAACCGUAACAAUGCUAAUCCCACAGCGUACAACCUGAACGGGCUCCCUCCAUAUCCAUACACCAGCAAUGAAAAGACAUACGAAA